CGUAUAGUUUUCCAAAUGAUUCAUUAGAAGCAGAUUUUUAAAAUCCAAAAUAUGCCGCAAGAUAGUUCUAGUGGCAAACCUCCCAAAGGUAAAAGAAAAAAGAAUGUAUCAAGAGUCCUGAGUCAUGGUGAUGCAGAUCUUCAAUUACAUUAUAACAAAACUGAUGAUGGCGAUGCUUCACUUCCUCUUGCUUUUCGGGGGCGUCUGUACGAACUAUUUAGCCAAAUCGAAAAGGAGUUCGAGGUAUUAUAUGCAGAAAAUCUUACUUUGAAAGAAAAGAUUGAUUCAUUGAAUGAACAAUUGGAAAGAGAAACAAAUCUUUCGUCAGAACGCCCCAUCGAUUAUGUGGAUAGCGGAGAACCCACGAGUGGUAAAACUAAAGGAAAGAGAGAAUCCUUGACAGCAAGCCAAUUAUCUCAAAAGAUCAAAAGCACUUACAGGUUGAAAGCUUCCACUAGUCGAAUUGUAUCCACUUUCAAAGCUCCAACAAUUAGCUGUCACCAAGUGUCUGAAUAUCUUGGACAUAGAGAUGGUGUAUGGGAAGUCAGUACAGCACGUUGUGGUUUACCAGUAAUAGCCACAGCAUCAGCAGAUCAUACUGCACGUAUUUGGGAUAUUCAAACUAGUUCCUGUUUGUUACAAUAUCUUGGUCAUGCUGGUUCUGUAAAUUCAAUUAGAUUUCAUCCUUCACAGGAUCUUGUUAUUACUUCUUCUGGAGAUCAAACAAGUCAUGUUUGGAGAGCUUCAGUAUCAACAACACAGGGCAGUGAACAAACUGUAAGGUGUCACGAUUUUUUAUUUUUCAAUCGGGUGCCACUCAAUGAAAAAGAACAAAACUUUGUUGCUUCCGUGGUAAAAUCACCACUUAACGAAUUGCAAGGACAUACCAGUGUUGUUAUUGCAGCAGACUGGUUGGCUGGAGGAGAUCAGGUUAUUACUGCUUCUUGGGAUCGAACAGCUAAUGUUUAUGAUAUUCAAACAGGAGAACUCGUCAUACAAUUAGCAGGGCACGAUCAAGAACUGACUCACGCCUGCGCCCAUCCCAACCAACGUUUGGUAGUCACUUCAUCCAAGGACACUACCUUCAGGCUGUGGGACUUCCGGGAGGCCAUUCACUCCGUCAGCGUAUUCCAAGGACACACCGAGUCAGUCACCUCAGCCACUUUCACUGGCGGAGACAAAGUGGUGUCUGGAAGCGACGAUCGCACCGUCAAGGUAUGGGACCUGAAGAACAUGAGAUCGCCACUAGCAACUGUCAGACUGGACUCUCCAGUUAACAGGUUGGCCGUCUCUAGUCAGCAAGUGAUCGCCAUUCCUCAUGACAAUCGUCAGGUACGUCUUUACGACCUGAACGGCGCCCGUCUGGCCAGACUGCCUCGCGGAAACAGACAGGGCCACAGGAGAAUGGUGUGUUCGGUGGCCUGGUACGACGAUCAGCAAUCUGCCCGAUGCAACUUAUUCACUUGCGGUUUCGACCGUUUCGUAUUGGGCUGGCAAUUGAACUACCCGAGCAAGGAAGAUACCAAACCUGGCACUUCCAAGAUCAACUGAAUUCCAUCGGAUGAUGCGCCCGAAUGUACAUAGAUUAUUUAUCGGUGGUCGUAGAUCCGUCGUCAUUUGCUGCCUUCUCCGAAACGUCGAACGUUUUCGUUUCUAGAAGUAAAUCCCUCUCCUUCGACCCAAAUUAAUUUCGUUUCGUAAAAACUAAAGUAAUUAUUAGGAAAUAUCGCGGGUUCCGAUAUAUUUUUACCCGUUCAGACCCGUUCGACGUUUCGAAAUUAUUCCGAUAGCGCGGAAGGAGCGUCGACGUAUCGUUUACCCGAGUGUAUUCGUGAAACUGUUUCAAUAAAAGUAGAAGCGAGUAAGGUAUUCCGACUUUUUCUAAUUUAUC